GAUGUAGAAGAAAGUUUUCAUUACUAUUUAAAAGCAGCAGAAUUGGGUAGCCCUAAAGCUCAAUAUUUCGUUGGUCGGAUGUAUCAAAUUGGUGAAGGUGUUAACCAGGAUUUGAAGGAAGCAUUCCAAUGGUAUUUAAAAUCUGCCAAUCAAGGACGUGUAGAAUCAAUAUUUCAAGUUGCAACUAAUUAUAGAAAGGGAAUUGGAAUUGAAAAGUCUUUGUCAAAAGCUGAAGAGUGGUACCGAAUUGGGGCUUUGAAAAAUCAUCCUGCUUGUCAAUUUGGUUUAGGGCAAAUUUUAUUACUAAAUGGAUCGAGUACAAAUUCAUUCGAGCAAUAUUUGAAAUGUGCAAAAGAAGGAAAAGAUUUAGAAUCUGAAUACCUAGUUGGAAAAAUGUUAAUUCAAGGAAAGGGAACGAAAAAACAUUUCUACAGAGGUUUUAAAUACCUUGAAAAAGCAGCA